AUGUUACUUGCACUGUUACUCAUAAACAUUUUAUAUUUCGUUGCGAUCAAAUGUCAAGAAUUACCAAAGAAAACUAAGCCGUAUUUAGUGGUGCCUUUUCCUUUGGAAUUACCCAAUAGAAAUGAUCGUUCAGAACAAUGCUGGCUCAGGAUAGAAGAUAUUGAUAUAAGCGAAACCCUCACCAUAUAUUGUCAUAUCGCUCAAGUGUUUCUUCAUCAUUACAUUCAUGAGUAUAACACUCGAAAAAUAAUGGAAGACGGGAUUGAUGUCAGUCUUUGGAGGGAAGAUCCAGGAGUUAAAGAAAUAAUUCCUAUGCCCAGGAAGAAUGAAGGAGGUGUUGUUGACUGGAAACUGACCACAAUAAAAGAUCCCGUGACCAAUCAACGGUUGUACGUAACGAAGAACGCCGACUGCAGGCUCAUAAUGUACAGCCGAGAAGGGAUGACAAACUAUCAAGUGCAAUGUGAAAAAAUAUUAUACUAUAUUAAUUUCCACAUGAACAAUAGUGCCGCUCGUAUUGAUAAUAUUAACGUGCUAGUAAUAAUUUUUAUUGUGCCCUUACUGUAUUCUAUUAUA